CUUCGACCACAACACGAAAUGGACCAAUCAGAAGCCCGCAGAACCGAAGUUGCACGUGUGCCGGUGGUAUGGGUAACUUGGUGUAGCUCUCUUUGUCUCACUCGCUUGUAAAAUGAGUUCGUCCUGCUCGCACGCCAGCAUGUAAGAAAAAAUGGUGACGUUUAUCCAAAAUUUGAAAUUUUCGAGGUUAUGUAGUGUCAACAUAAACAAAACUGCUCAUUUUUGCAAUGGAAACUUGUCCUAUUUGCUUCAAAGAUUUUCAACUUACCGAACUGGAAAGCCAUGUCAACAAAUGUAUAUUCCUGAAUUCAUCGGACGCAAAUGGUAACCCAAAAAAGAAGCGGUCCAUAUCGCCUCCUGCUUCCACGUUUCCUUCUCAAAGCUCAUCUUCAGCAUCACCCGUUAAGAAGCAAAGAAAUCGCUCCCCAAACGUAGACAAAGCGAUGUCCUUCGUAACACCUUUAGCGAAACAGGUGCAGCCGCGAUCCUUGGACGAUUUCUUCGGACAAAAUCAUGUCCUGGGAAAAGACACGGUACUGCGAUCGCUUCUGGCAAAACGGGAAAUCCCAAACAUGAUCCUGUGGGGACCGCCCGGUUGCGGGAAAACCUCACUGGCCAACGUCGUUCAGGAGAUCUGUAAGGAGAAUCCGUCGAAGUUUCGCUACGUCGGAAUGUGCGCGGCCAACUGUGGAGUGAAAGAGGUGCAGGCCAUAGUGACUGCGGCAAAAGGCGAUUUAAAAUUCGGCCGCCGAACCGUGCUGUUUAUGGACGAAAUACAUCGGUUUAAUAAACGGCAGCAAGAUACGUUUUUGCUGCACGUGGAAAAGGGUGAAAUUACUCUGUUGGGUGCUACAACUGAGAAUCCUUCGUUUAGUAUUAACAACGCUUUGCUUAGUCGUUGUCGGGUGAUAGUUAUGGAAAAGUUAGAAAGUGUGGAUUUAGUUUCAAUACUCGAGAAUGCAGCUGGACGGUUGGGGAUUCGAAUUGUGCAAAAUGGAGCUGAAUGUGAAGGGAUUAACAUUGAGAAAUCCGCUCUUGAGUGGCUAGCCGACACAAGUGAUGGGGAUGCCAGGAUAGCUUUGAGCAAUUUACAACUCGUUUUACAACAUAAUACUGAUGAGAAUGUACUUGUAACUGUCGAUAUGAUAAAAGAUGGAAUUAAGAAGUCACACAUGCUGUAUGACCGUAAAGGCGAGGAGCACUACAACAUAAUCUCUGCAAUGCAUAAAUCAAUACGGGGAUCCGACGAUAACGCCGCCUUAUAUUGGACAACGAGAAUGAUAGUCAGCGGCGAAGAUCCCCUCUUUAUCGCCCGCCGGCUGGUGCGCGCCGCCAGCGAAGAUAUCGGCAAUGCAGAUCCUCGUGCGUUACAGCUAGCAGUGAGCACAAUGCAAGGUUGCCAAUUGCUAGGCAUGCCCGAGGCGGACGUAUUGCUGGCACAGUGCGCGAUUUAUUUGGCGCGCGCGCCCAAAUCGAGAGAGGCGGAUUCUGCACUGGCAGGAGCCAAGCAGCUUAUCGCGAACUGUAAGGGGCCGCAACCGAGUGUACCGAUGCAUUUACGGAAUGCUCCGACAAAGUUAAUGCAAGAUCUAGGUUAUGGGAAAUUAGAGCUAGGCAAGAAAAGGACUUAUAUGCCCGCAGGAUUGGAAAAUGCCAAUUUUUUUUAAAGAAAUUUAUAGUAGGCGAGAUUUAUAGUUUCGUCAUUUUAAGUUAAGCUAUUAUUUUUAUAGAUUGGA